AUGAGGUGGUUCCUGCCCUGGACGCUGGCAGCAGUGACAGCAGCAGCCGCCAGCAGCAUCUUAGCCAUGCAGGCCCUUUCUCCAGAGCCCACGACCAUGACCUUCACCCCAGCACCACCGGAGGACACAUCCUCACAUCCCCAAUUCUGCAAGUGGCCAUGCGAGUGCCCAGCAUCCCCGCCCCGCUGCCCAUUGGGGGUCAGCCUCAUCACAGAUGGCUGUGAGUGCUGUAAGAUGUGUGCCCAGCAGCUCGGGGACAACUGCACAGAGGCAGCUGUCUGUGACCCCCACAGGGGCCUCUACUGUGACUACAGUGGGGACCGCCCGAGGUACGCAAUAGGAGUGUGUGCACAGGUGGUUGGCGUGGGCUGUGUGCUGGACGGGGUGCGCUACAACAACGGCCAGUCCUUCCAGCCCAACUGCAAGUACAACUGCACAUGCAUCGACGGCGCAGUGGGCUGCACGCCGCUGUGCCUCCGGGCACGGCCCCCGCGCCUCUGGUGCCACCACCCACGGCGCGUGAGCGUGCCUGGCCGCUGCUGUGAGCAGUGGGUCUGUGACGACAACGCCAGGAAGCCACGCAAAACUGCGCCUCGUGAUACGGACGCCUUAGUGGCUGCAGACGACGUGGAGCCAUGGCACAGGAACUGCAUUGCUUACACAAGCCCCUGGAGCCCCUGCUCCACCAGCUGCGGCCUGGGGGUCUCCACACGGAUCUCCAACGCCAACGCCUGGUGCCGGCCUGAGCAACAGAGCCGCCUCUGCAACCUGCGGCCGUGUGAGGUGGAUGUCCGUCCACUCAUCAAGGCUGAGAAGAAGUGCUUGGCUGUAUACCAGCCAGAGGUGCCCAUGAACUUCACCCUUGCAGGCUGCGUCAGCACACGCUCCUACCAACCCAAGUACUGUGGGGCCUGCACAGACAACAGGUGCUGCAUCCCCUACAAGUCCAAGACCAUUGACGUCUUUUUCCAAUGCCCCGAUGGGCCAGGUUUCUCCCGCCAGGUCCUGUGGAUCAAUGCCUGCUUCUGCAACCUCAGCUGUAGGAAUCCCAAUGACAUCUUUGCUGACUUAGAACCCUACCCUGACUUCUCAGAAAUUGCCGAUUAG